CCCCGCCCACUCUUCAAAGACAGCAGGAAAGCGCUUGACGUGGCAAAGGGUGAGUUGGACAUCACCUUAGGCAUCCUGGUUGUUACGUCUUGUUUUUCAUUCAUAUUUUCAGCUAUCUGCUGCAAGUACCGAAAGGUUUGUAGCUUAUAGGUGGGCGACCCGAACGAGCAAGAUCGCCUGCUCUGCAGGAAUCCUCUCCCCGCGUUGGAAUCAGAGAAAAUAUGUGGUUCCUAAUUUUCGCCAGCUUCCUUCACUGUGUGUCGGCCUAUGAUGUAGAUCUGAAGAAACUGGAUGGUCUCGCAAAAGCGAAGGUGGAGUCAUGCGGUGGAUGACAGCUGAAUAGGUUAAGAGAGGUCAAAGCCUUUGUGACCCAGGACAUUCCUCUCUACCAUAACCUAGUAAUGAAACACAUCCCUGGGGCCGACCCUGAGCUUGUCCUCCUCAACCACUACUAUGAGGAGCUGGACCGGAUAGCCCUGUCUGAUAUGACCCGCUCUGAGAUCAACGAGCUGUUGGAGAAGUUGGGGUUCUACAAGAAGGCUCAGCCUGAGGACCAGGUCCCAGAAGAGUUCCGCUACUCCCCUGCCAAGGACAGCCCAUUCAAAGACACUGCCAAGUCCCAGUCCCCCUCCACCCCAGCCCCCACAGAGGCCAAGCACUCUGACCUGUAACCUCCACAGCAAUAGAGGAUUCUGCGUCCUAUGUGGACCUGAACAGACUACUCUCCCUCAGUUCUGGUCCAAGAUGUAUUUUGUUUCUCAUAACACAAAUGUUUGGUAUCAGAAUGUCAAACAAGUCCUGGGUCAGCUCUUGGGAGAACAGUCCCUCUGUAGCAUCAGCAAAUGUUCUAAAGGUCACACUAAAACUGCAUGUUCUUUCCUGCCUUUUGUCAAUUUUUUUUUCAGAUGAUGAUUUGCCACUACAUGUCCAAUGUCUUAAGGGGUCUCUCCUCUACUCAUCUCACUCGUUUGUCUAAUGACUUCCUGUCCGCUGUGGAAAUGAAUGACGUCCCUGGCUGUAAAAUCUCCUGAUUGGCUUGGGGCUGAUGUAACAUCUCCUCGUGGGUGGGGAUUAGGCUUACAAGGGGAUUCAAGUGAAAGGGAUGACCAAUUGUUGUAAAACAAUAAAGUUACACUUAAAAAAUU